AUGAAAGACCUCGUCAUCAUCCUCGGCUCUUCCAUCGCCACUCCGCAACACCACCACCACCACACAACCAGGCCAAAACUAAGCUUCCAGUUACUAAGCUAUCUCCCUCCAAACCACCAUUGCCAUCCUCCUCUCNUCCAAUCUCGCGAAGAUGGCCGCCUUGAGGACUUCGCAUUGAUUGUGGAAACCCUGUUUUCAGGUGUCAGUGCGUCGCGUUUUGCAGGAUUGUUGAAUGCUGGGUUCCUAGCAAAGGGGAUUUCACGGAAUCUUCGAGAAGGGAAGGUUAGUAGUGUUGCCGAGACUAUGCGGAAAGUUGACCAGCUAGGGAUUGCUCCUCUGAAAAUGUUUGAUGGGUCAGCUAUGGAGCACAUGAGAAAAGAGUUUCGUCGAAUGGUCAAUUGCGGUGAAGUGGAGGAAACUGUUCGUCUGAUGGAGAUUCUGGCGGGUUUCCAAUUCAGAAUCAAAGAACUAGUGGAUCCUUACAACGUAGUAAAAAUUUGUGUUGACAAUUGCAAUGUAGAGAUGGCUAUAAGGUACGCAUGUCUUCUGCCACAUGCACAUAUAUUAUUCUGCCGGAUUAUACACGAAUUUGGAAAGAAAAGUGAUCUGGUCUCCGCUUUGACAGCCUUUGAAGCAUCCAAACAGAACUUGGAUGGCCCUAACAUGUACAUAUACCGCACAACAAUUGAUGCUUGUGGUCUCUGUGGUGACUAUAUGAAAUCUAGGUACAUAUAUGAGGACUUGCUCAAACAGAAUGUUGCACCAAACGUUUACGUUUUCAACUGUCUGAUGAAUGCCAAUGCCCAUGAUUUGGGAUAUACAUUAAAUGUAUACAAGAAUAUGCAAGAUCUUGGCGUUGCAUCAGACAUGACCUCUUAUAAUAUUCUUUUGAAGGCAUGUCGCCAUGCUGGAAGGGUUGAUCUGGCCCAGGAUAUUUAUAAGGAAGCAAAACGAUUGCAAUCUGCAGGAGGGCCAAAGUUGGAUGUGUUUACAUACUGCACGAUAAUAAAGGUUUUUUCAGAUGCUAGAUUGUGGCAAAUGGCAUUGAAAAUUAAAGAGGAUAUGCAAGAAGCUGGUUUGACUCCCAAUACCAUUACAUGGUCAUCAUUGAUAAGUGCCUGUGCCAAUGCAGGCCUUGUGGAGCAGGCAACUAAACUAUUUGAAGAGAUGCUCCAGGCUGGAUGUGAACCUAAUUCACAAUGUUGUAACAUCCUACUGCAUGCUUGUGUUGAGGCUUGCCAGUAUGACAGGGCUUUUCGUCUUUUCCUUGCUUGGAAGGGAGAUACUGUCCAGGAGACUUUAUGUCAAGAUUACAAGAGUAGCAAAGAUACCAUUUUAAGUUCAGUGCAAAAUACAACAAAUAAUCUUGCUACUAAGCUGAAUUAUACCUCUGAUUCACCAUUCUUAAGUUUUUCAAAGAAGUUUUCUUUUAUGCCUACAACUACCACAUAUAAUAUUUUGCUCAAGGCCUGUGGUACUGAUUUCUAUCGAGCAAAGGCUUUGAUGGAUGAGAUGAAGACCAUGGGCAUUUCCCCUAAUCACAUAAGCUGGUCAAUUUUGAUUGAUAUAUGCGGAGGUUCGGGCAAUGUAGAGGGUGCCAUCCAGACAUUGAAAACAAUGCAAUUGGCUGGAACCAAACCUGACGUUGUUACAUAUACAACAGCCAUCAAGGUUUGUGUUAAAAGCAAAAAUUUGAAGUUAGCCUUUUCAUUAUUCGAGGAAAUGAAAAGUUAUCAGAUACAACCAAAUCUGGUGACCUAUAACACACUUUUAAGAGCCCGUAGCAGGUAUGGUUCCUUACACGAAAUACAACGGUGCUUGGCAGUAUAUCAGGAACUGCGGAAAGCUGGACGCAUCUUCAAAGCAACAGUUCACUUUUUCUCUGUUGUUGCAAAGGUUGAGGCUCGGAUAGUUGUUCUUGCAGUUUUGCGAAUGGUCAAAGAGAACUAUGCCCAAGGGAAUAACAUAAAUGACGACAUGCUAAUCCUACUAGGAAUCAGUAAGAGAGAUAGCAACCCAGCCAACCAUGUAGCUGAUGUGAAAGAUACAGUAAUUAAACUGCUGCAUGAUCAACUGGGCCUCGAGGUUUUUCUGGACAAAACGUUAAGAAAGAACAGGUUACCAGUUGCGUCGGUAUCCUCUACCAGGAGACCUGCAAUUGUACAAAGGUUAAAGGUGACAAAGAAAUCAUUGCAUUUUUGGCUGCAAAGAAGAGAGUUUUAGAAG